AUGGAUCCAAACAAGAAGAUUGUCGACAUGACCAAUGAGGAGCUCACUGCCCUCGGUUUCACGGGUGAAAAUGUUCCCGCUGGUGUCAAACGUAUCGUCGACGCAGUGAAAGCUGACCCUGUUAACCUUGGCAGCGUGACCUGCUUUGCGGUUGAGUGCCUCAGGCGCGACGCUGCCAAGGCUGCCCGACAAGACGACGUGACUGAUCAGCCCCACCCUCCUACUUCUCCUACUCCUCCUACUUCUCCUACCUCUCCCACCUCUCCCACCCUCACCGUCUUCUCGCAGCUCAGCACCAACUCAGAUGCCCGCACCGUCGUCAGCCCCGACUUAAUCUCCGAGUAUGAGAUGAACUUCUACUACCACGGCAUCUCAGGCAACCCUCCUAAGCUCUUAUGGCGUUCCGAUCUCGAGUCCAACCCCUUCCCUAUUCCCCCUGUUGGCACCAACUUCUACAAGAUCCCUAAGAAGACUCCCCAGGGUGUCUUCAACACGCCGCUUAACGACGUGUGGGACUCCACCAUUGCUCCUCAGAUCCUAGAGUCGAUGAAGGCUCGCGGCCUCAAGUACUCCGCGCUGAAGACGGCUCAGUUCUCGAUCGCCGAGGACGGCAAGGAGAGACUUGGUCCCAUCGUUAUCUGGAUUGCUGUUCGUCCCAACACCACCAACGCCAGGGCCGUUCGCGAUGCGACUCCAGACAUCCUCGACAUCCUCACUCGCGCCAAGAUCACCGGUGUCGUCGUGGAGUGGUAUGAGGGGUCGGUCGUCCGCCUAGAUGGUCCGCCUCUUAUGAGAGUUGAGGGCAACACCAACGCCAAGUUCGGCUUCAACCACCCCUUCCACACUGGCCUAUGUAUACCCAUUGCCAGGCAGUCCGACGACGCUCAGGGUACCCUCACGUUCCUGUUCAAAGAGGUGAAGACCAAGACCGGCGAACCCAGCGACAGAAUCCUCGCUCUCACCAACAAACACGUCGCUUCCCUCGUCACCACCGCCGAUUACGAGCUCGACGAGGCCGACCCUCAGCACAUCCUGGUCUGUGGUGAUCGUCGUCUCGCUCGUGCCAUCACCGAGGUCCAGAACGCCGUCACCACGGGUCUCCGCGACGCCCUCAGACUCGCUGGCGAACUCAAGGACACGCCCAAAGAUGAUACGUCGGCCCUGAGACGCAGGAAGAACGCCUUGGAGGACAAGCACGAGGACAACGCCAAUCUCAAGGCCUUACUCGACGAAGUCGACGCCAACUGGAAAGACACCAACGGUCGCAGGUUCGGUGUCGUCGACUGGGCUCCCCACAUCUCCGUCAGGGUCGACGACCGCCGCUACACUCGCGACAUCGCCACGUUCGCAGUCGAUAACGAGAAGCUCGGGAACUUUGAGAGCAACAUCGUUGACCUCGGUAAUCAAUAUACCGCUGGUCAGCUCGAGGAUCUCUUCUGGCCCGUCGCUGCCGUUUCUGAGGGCAGGACGAUCCCAGCCAAUCUCCAGCUCCCCAUCCGUCGUGCUCUUCCUCGCCGCCCCGUCAUCAAUGCCGAUACGGAGAACAAAAACGGCGAGCCCCUCUAUAUCGUUGCCAAAUACGGCAACACGACCAAGCUUACGUUGGGCUGCUACUCUGGUAUGGAUGCCUAUACCUGCACCGACCUCGGGCUCGAGUCCAGGGAGAUCGUCGUGUACAAUUACACCAAGGCUUCGGGCGAUAUGGGCGACUUUUCAGACCACGGCGACUCGGGCUCACUGAUCUUCACGGGAGAUGGCGACGCGCUCGCCAUGUUGCACUCGGGAAUGCCUCGAGGCCUGCACAACCAUGUUACCUACGGUACGCCCAUCUGGUGGGUUAUCAAGCAGAUCCUUGUCAAGUAUCCCGACGCCGAUUUCUACGGCAUGACCUACACCCUCGACUGA